UCUAAAUAAAAACACCAUAAACCCCUGAUCAUCAUCCCAAAAAUAGUCAACCUCACUACACGACGUCGUUUAACUGAACUACCACCACCACCACCGGAAAAAUAAUAAUUAAAAUAAUAUUAUGGUGCACAACGCUUACGAUUCUCUAGAACUACUAUCCAACUGUCCAAACAAAAUCGACGCCGUCGAAUCCUACAAUUCAAAUCUACUCAUCGCUUGUUCAGACGGAUCUCUUCGAAUCUACGUUCCACAAUCUUCCACGUCAUCAUCAUCAUCAUCACCACCACCGUCGGAUCGUCAUCAAGCUGAAACCCUAGAUUUAAAAAAAGAAGCUUACGUAUUAGAAAGAACAGUUAAUGGAUUCUCAAGGAGACCUAUGGUGGCAAUGGAAGUGUUGGAUUCAAGAGAAUUAUUGCUUUCGCUUUCGGAAUCGAUUUCGUUUCAUAAACUUCCUAAUUUGGAGACUCUUGCGGUUAUUACGAAAGCGAAAGGAGCGAAUGCGUAUUCGUGGGAUGAUAAGAGAGGGUUUUUGUGUUUUGCUAGACAGAAAAGAGUUUGUAUUUUUAGACAUGAUGGAGGACGUGGAUUUGUGGAGGUGAAAGAGUUUGGUGUACCGGAUUAUGUGAAGUCUAUGUCUUGGUGUGGAGAUAAUAUAUGCUUAGGGAUUAGGAGAGAGUAUACUAUACUGAAUGCUACGAAUGGUGCAUUAACGGAGGUGUUUCCGUCGGGGAGGAUUGCUCCACCUUUAGUUGUGUCUCUUCCAUCCGGAGAACUUCUUCUAGGGAAGGAUAACAUUGGAGUGCUUGUGGACCAAAAUGGCAAGCUCCUCCAAGAAGGCAGGAUUUGUUGGUCUGAGGCUCCAGCGAUAGUUGUCAUUCAGAAGCCAUAUGCUACAGCUCUUCUACCAAGACAUAUUGAGAUACGGUCUUUAAGAGUCCCUUACGCCUUGAUACAAACAGUUGUUCUUCGUGAUGUCCGCCUUAUUCACCAAGGAAAGAAUGCUGUAAUUGUUGCUUUAAACAAUUCUGUUUACGGAUUAUUUCCUGUUCCUCUUGGAGCACAGAUUGUACAAUUGACAGCCUCUGGAAAUUUUGAGGAAGCCCUGGCAUUAUGUAAGUUGCUGCCACCCGAAGAUUCAAAUCUCCGAGCCUCAAAGGAGCAGUCAAUUCAUGUAAGAUAUGCACACUAUCUGUUUGAAAAUGGGAGUUAUGAGGAGGCCAUGGAGCACUUUGUGGCAUCUCAAGUAGAAAUAACAUAUGUGCUGGCUUUAUAUCCAUCUAUUCUUAUCCCCAAGUCGUCUCUGGUUGGUGAACCAGAUAAACUUCUUGAUGUCAGUGGAGAGGUGUAUUUAUCAAGAGCCUCGUCUGGUUUGUCAGAUGAUAUGGAUCCUUCUUCAACUUCUCAUCUACUGGAAUAUGAUGAGAGUUCAGCUCUUGAGUCAAAGAAAAUGUCUCACAAUACUUUAAUGGCACUCGUCAAGUUCCUGCAGAAGAAGAGGAACCACAUAAUCGGAAAGGCGGCUGCUGAGGGAACAGAAGAGGCCAUUUCAGAUGCUGUUGGGCAUUCCUUUGUUUCAUAUGAAAGCAACCGUGUCAAGAGAUCAAACAAGGGCAGAGUCAACAUUCCCCUGGACUCUGGUGCUAGAGAGAUGGCUGCAAUAUUGGACACUGCACUUCUCCAGGCCCUGCUUCUGACUGGACAGUCUGCUGCUGCUUUGGAUUUACUAAAAGGACUCAACUAUUGUGAUUUGAAAAUAUCCGAGGAGAUAUUACGCAAUGGAAAUCACUAUUUAUGUUUGUUAGAGCUUUACAGAGGCAACUCACUACAUCGUGAAGCUCUCACACUUCUUCAUAACUUAAUUGAGGAGUCCAAAUCAGAUGAACCAAAAAUUGAGCUCAGCCAAAAGUUCAAGCCGGAGAUGAUAAUCGAAUAUCUCAAACCUUUGUGUGUGAUUGACCCAAUGAUUGUACUGGAAUAUUCGAUGCUUGUUCUUGAAAGUUGUCCGACACAAACUAUUGAGCUCUUCUUAUCUGGAAACAUUCCAGCAGAUUUGGUUAACUCAUACUUAAAGCAGCAUGCUCCGAGCAUGCAGGCUACAUACUUAGAGUUGAUGCUGUCAAUGAAUGAAAAUGGCAUCUCUGGGAAUCUGCAGAGUGAAAUGGUGCAAAUAUAUCUUUCGGAAGUGCUUGAAUGGUAUGCUGAUCUCACUGCUCAGAAAAAGUGGGAUGAGAAAGUUUAUACCCCAGCAAGGAAAAAGCUCUUGUCAGCAUUGGAGGGUAUUUCAGGAUAUACUCCGGAGAUUUUGUUGAAGCGACUACCAACAGAUGCUCUAUUUGAAGAACGGGCACUCCUACUAGGGAAAAUGAACCAGCACGAACUUGCAUUGUCCAUAUAUAUUCAUAAGCUUCAUGUUCCAGACAUGGCACUGUCCUACUGUGAUCGGGUGUAUGAGUCAGGGCUUCAUCAACAGCCUGCAAAAGCUCCUGGCAACAUAUACCUAACUUUACUACAAAUCUAUCUGAAUCCCCAGAGAACUACGAAAGAUAUUGAAAAAAGAAUCAAUAAUCUAGUUUCAUCUCCAAGUCCAAAGGUUAGCUGGACAUCACUUAAAGGUAAAGGAAGAGGGUUAGGUAAGAAAAUUGCGGAUAUUGAAGGUGCAGAAGAUACCAGAAUAAGCCUAAGUGGUACAGAUAGUGGGAAAAGUGAUGGUGAUGGUGAUGGGGAUGAGGAAGCGAUUUCCAAUAUCAUGCUAGAUGAAGUGCUUGAUGUUUUGAGCCAGAGGUGGGACCGAGUCCAGGGAGCACAGGCCCUCAAGCUCUUACCUAAAGAGACUAAGCUACAGAACUUACUUCCGUUUCUUGGACCUCUUCUGAGAAAAACCAGUGAAGCACACCGCAACUAUUCUGUCAUUAAGAGACUCAGAGAAAGUGAAAACCUCCAGACUAAAGAUCAACUAUACAGCCAAAGAAAAGUGGAUGUGAAGAUCACAGCUGACAGCAUGUGUUCCCUUUGUAACAAGAAGAUAGGAACCAGUGUUUUUGCCGUCUAUCCUAAUGGAAACACAAUCGUGCAUUUUGUUUGCUUUCGUGAUUCUCAGAAUAUGAGAGCUAGUGGAAAAGGAUCAGCGCUAAGGAGAAUAAGAUAAAACACAUUUGGUAAACUAAUUUUGCGAGAGCCUUAAAUUAACGCCAAAUCAUGCGUUCAAUCUUCCUCCAAAAUUGGAUUAUUUGCUUGGCAUGGUAGCCAAGGGUGGCUAAGUUUUCAUUGAAUAUCCAUGGCUCAACAGCGAAAGCAGAAAGCAACGUGUAAAGGUUCUUGUUUCGUUUUGUAAAGUUUAUGGUUUUUUUUUUUUUUGGGGCGAAGAGUUCUAAGUGGUGUGAGUUUGGUACUUUGGUCAGUGUGAGAUUGGAAUGAUAUCUGCACUAUGAAAGAUGUAUUUAUAAAUGUAUUGAAAUUGUGUGCAUAGACACUAAGUUUAAACUUUCAUAUGUAAUGUACACUUGUCUUAAAGAAAUGAAGAGAAAUAGAGUUUUAUGGUA